AUGGCUGGCACGGCUCCUUGGGAGCUUCCUGGGUGUCCGUUUCUGAAACAUGUGCCAUUGAACAUGGACUGGACGCAGGUCAUUACCCAAGAAACAGAUGUGGAGUUUGGCUUGGAAAGGCAUCGUCCAAAAUGGGAGCAGGCCAACGAGAGUGUUGCAAUGAAAGCCUUGCAAAUGGACAUCUCCAGCCUGGUGCCCUUUUCCAUGCCUGGCACCGGUGGGGUCCCGGGCUCCUUCGGAGUUGAGGGGCUGGGUUGGCUGGUUUGUUUGGAGUUGGCUGGCUGGCUGGUGACCACAAGCUUUGUGACUGGGGAUGCUUCAGUGCGAGUGCUUCCGUGCCCCGAGAAGCUGGGGAAGCCGGAGCUGAAGACGCUGCCGCUGCCGUCCGCAAGUGCGGCAUCGGCCGGCAACGCCUCGGACUGCCCGACGAUGCUGCCCGCACCGUCCGAGACGACGGCUGCUCCGCCGCGUCGCCGCUCAGCUUCGGUGGAGAUGCAGAGGGAUUCGGGCGAGUGCCGCGCAGUGCACGUGAAGAAAGCGAGUUCUCAUCCGGAUCCAAUCUGCGAUGGUGGCGUGUGGCGCAAAACGAUGUCGGUUUCCAGUGCAGUAAACCGAUCUGGGCGCACCAGUGUGGAGUUGCAGCAGAUUGUGUCCAAGGCCAAUCUCACUGAAGUCUUCAAGGUGCGGGAGUUGGAGCUCACAGCUCAGGAAGGUCGAAACCGCUUGACGGUGGCAGAGGCCGUGGAAGAGAUGAGCAACGAAGAUGAGGAGAAGAUGUCAAGAGAGGUUCUCAGAGAGGACAAAGCCAGGCUUGUGGCGCAAAGUGCAGAGGAGCUCUCUUCCUAUUGCGAGCAGAACUUCUUGGACACAGCAUGGAAGAUCUGGACGUGUUCCGACGCGUUGAUGGCCAUCUUGCUCUGGUUGGCCCUCUUGUUCGCUCGCUUUGGCAUUGCUGCGUGGCAUGCCUGGGAAGAUCAAGAAUGGAUCAAUAUUCAGGCAGUGGCUUUUGGGUUGAGAUACAUGGUUGCCACCGGGGUGCUGGUGAUGGCUUGCUUUUGGCAAGUGCGCACCAGUCACGCCAUGCUUCUCAUCGUGAACGCCUGGAGUGCCUCCUUGUCGCAAGGUGCCUCAUGUCUCGAAUCGAAGAACGACUGGCGCACCAUCAGCGGGCUCUUCCGGAAGACCUCGCGGACCUUCGAGUUGUGCUUUGCUGCUCUGGGGCUCAUCGUGGUGAUGGUGGCUUUCGCAUAUCUCUAUGACCUCCAGCAGGGAAAGGGGCUGGAAGCGAUGGCCUCCUUGUCGGUGGUGGUGUUGAUCCCAGGUGUCCUUUGGACUCAUGCUUCCACCACCACCGCAUGCAACCGAUUGCCUUCGUUGGUGACCUUGUUUGAAGUGGAGGACGAGCAGGAAGAUGAGGAGUACAUGGGUUUGGCACUUUUCCUGUCAUUGAGUGAGUGUGGUUUUUUCGUUUGGGAUACUUGCAUCACUGUGGGCAUAGUGCAGAAAUUUUUGUACUUUACAGCAGCCAUGGCCGGAACAGUCGGCUUUCAAUCUGGAGCCCUGAAUUUCCAGAAUUGA